UUUGAUGUUGGCCGACGUAGGCUUACGAUGGCGAAGGAAGAGUUCAAUAUUGACAACCUGCUGGCUCGGCUUCUCGAUGUGCGGGGAUCAAAGCCAGGCUCUCAUGUGCCUCUCCUCGAAAGUGAGAUUCAGGCUUUGUGCUCCAAAGCCCAGGAAAUUUUCCUGACCGAGCCGUCGUUGCUUGAUAUCCCGACUCCAAUCAAGAUUUGCGGCAACUUGCACGGCCAGUACUAUGAUCUCCUUCGACAGUUCGAGCACUGGGGCUUCCCUCCUGACCACGCGUACCUCUUCUUGGGAGACUACGUCAACCGCGGAAAGCAUUCCAUCGAGACUAUGUGUUUGCUGCUCACGUACAAGCUCAAGUUCCCGAAUAAACUUUACAUGCUGCGAGGCAGUCACGAGUGCGCCGCCAUCAGUCGUGUCUAUGGGCUCUACCAGGAGUGUGAGCAGAGGUACACCCCGAAAUUAUGGGACGCCUUCGUGGGCUGCUUCAAUUGUCUACCGAUCGCAGCAGUCGUUGAGGACAAGAUAUUCUGCGUCAAUGGAGGGUUGAGCCCUUAUUUGAAGAAUCUGGGCCAGAUUAAAGAAAUCCAGCGUCCGACCGAUGUUCCCGACAAAGGCCUGCUCUGCGACCUGCUGUGGUCAGACCCCGACAAGGACAUCAAGGGCUGGGGAGAAAAUGCACGCGGUGUCUCGUUCACCUUCGGACCUGACGUCGUCAGAAAUUUCUUAAUGGAACACGGGCUCGAUCUCAUCGUCAGGUCACACCAGGUUGUGAAGGACGGAUACGAGUUCUUCGCGGACGGCAAAAUGGUCACGCUGUUCUCGGUGCCAGACUACAACGGCGAAUUCGAAAAUGCGGGCGCUAUCAUGAACGUCGACGAGAAUUUCAUGUGCACGUUUCACAUUCUGAAGGCAACCGACAAGUCACGUGGUGGCACCGGCACCGGCACUCAAGAACAGCCACAGCGGGGAUAAGUAACUGGUUAAAAUUAAGAAGGAAAAUCAUGGCAUCCCAAGGUUCUUGCACCUGCUAAGCCAAAGAAGAAAGAAACUUCCUGCCAACAAAAACAGAAAAAAGAAGAAAAAAAAACGCGCCAUGAAAAAGAAAUAGCGUAAUGCGUCAUGCUGAGCAAUGAAGAGACAAAUAAAUGCGAGCACAUUCUUC